AUGCAGGCCGUAAGUUGUUCGAAAGAGUCUAAGUUCUUUGCCAUACUCGUGUUGACGAGGACGCCAACUCCACCAACACCUCUACUGUCGCAUGUUCCUAAGAACAGAUCUCCAGUUUCACAUACGGCGUUGAGAGGGUGGCGUCGUCUCGUCUCGGUUGGGCGACGACCUGUGGUGAAAGCUAAGCUCGCCGUGGCAUGGCUGCUUAGUUUGGGGAAAAGUCUCUUUGCCACUCCAGCAUAUUCACUGCCUCAGUACCCUGCACACUGGGCCCUGCCGUCUCAGACGUCGGACGGUAUGGCGACCGGUGAGAGGCGAUCAAAUCUCAGGUUGCUCAGGACGUCAUUGAUUCUGGACCAAGGCGACUCACGCACGACUCGCCAUGGAGACUGUCUCAGACUGUGUACUUACAACGCGAGAACAGUUUCCACAGACGCCGACCUGCAUGCCCUUCUCGGAGCUGCAGAGCGUAUCAAAUUUCACGUGAUUGCUCUGCAGGAGACCAAGUGCAGAAGGAGCGAUGUACGACAGAUGAAUGACGGUACACUCGUCAUUCGUGGAGAGAAGGUUCCGUCGCGAAAUGUAGGCGGUGUUGGUUUCGUUGUGCACCCAUCUGUCGUCCAUCUCGUCGAUUCUCACGAGAUCCUGUCACCUCGUCUGGCCAUUCUUCGCCUCCGCCCUCUGCGCCAAAAAUCCAUCAGUAUCAUCAACUGCUAUUCACCAACAUCAGCAGCUGAUGAUUCCGAAUUGGACGCGUUUUACGAGGAGAUGGAGGAAGUAGUCCACAACGAGAAGUCCUUUUACAAGUUCGUUGUCGGAGACUUCAACGCAAAACUAGGAAAGGCCACAGAAGAGGAAUACAGGAUUGGAAGAUUUGGACUAGGGGACCGGAAUGAAAAUGGCAAUCGUCUCGCUGGGCUGUUGUCCGCCGCUCGCCUCUUUCAUGGGAACUCUCUUUUCAUGAAAAAAGAUCAUCGUCGGUGGACAUGGGAAUCGCCCAAUGGCGCGACUCGUGCGGAGAUCGACCACAUACUCACCAACCGGAGGUGGUGUCUACUUGACGUCUCAGUAGUACCAUCCUUUUGUAGUGGUUCUGAUCACCGUCUCCUUCGUGCGAAAAUACGACUUAGCCACACGAUGGAAAAGAACAUCUGCUAUCGGCAACUAAGGAGAAAAGAAGUCGUCUACGACGAUUGCGUACUCGAGGACUCCCUGUCCCAACGUGACUGGCACAUCGAGGAGGACCCAAACGUGGACUACGAGAUGCUGCUCAGAGGAUUACGAGCCUGUGCUGAACGUGCCUCGAAGUCGCGCACGACAAACUUGGAUCGAAUUUCGAAGACCACCAAGGAAUUGUUAGGAAGAAGAAGGGCUUUGAGGCUUGAUCCGAAUGCAUCGCACAUUGAGCGGUUAGUAGCAAACACUAGCUGCAGAAAAGCGUUGCAGGAGGAUCUUUUGAAGUACAGGCAGAAGAAGAUUCUAGAAGCAGCACAAAGAAGAACGAGUCUAAAGAAGUGCCGCAGGGAUCUCCGCGAAUAUAAUAUUCCGCUAGCAACCUUGCUGAGCGAAGACGGGACUCGCACGUCUUCUCGUCGUGAGAUGGAAAUCAUUACGGAGAGGUUCUACUCGAACCUUUUCCGUUCAUCAACUCCUGUGUCAAGCCCAAUCAUCCCCACUGGCGAAGCUCCACCACGGAUUCUCCCUUCGGAAGUACGAGUCGCUAUCAAGAGCAUGAAACCUGGCACAGCCCCCGGACCUGAUUGUAUAUCAGCAGACUUUCUUCGGGCUGGUGGCCAUCCGCUUCAUGUAAUCUUAGCAGCGCACAUGACAUCCUAUCUUCAGAAAGAAAGGAUCCCAGACCAGUGGAAGACCUCGCGAACCGUUCUUAUCCAUAAGAAAGGUGACCGAGAGGACCUUCGGAACUACCGUCCGAUAUGCUUGCUGAGCGUGUUAUACAAAGUAUUCACCAAGAUCAUCCUCACACGCAUAUCUAGGACGCUGGAUGAAGCCCAGCCUCAAGAACAAGCUGGAUUCCGCCAAGGGUUCAGCUGCUUGGACCACAUCCAGACCGUGUCGAGGGUCAUAGAGGUUUGCCGGGAAUACCGCCUGCCCCUUGUUCUAACCUUCGUCGACUAUGAGAAAGCCUUUGACAGCGUAGAAACGAAUGCAAUACUGUCAGCGCUGGUCGAUCAAGCUUUUCCACCGCCCUCUCACCAUACCCAUUGGAAAGGGGUACGACAAGGCGAUACUAUAUCGCCGAAGCUGUUCACGGCUGCAUUGCAAUGGAUAAUGAAAUCACUAUCCUGGGAAGAAAGGGGCAUACGUGUUGAUGGAAGAUUUCUUUCGAACCUUCGUUUCGCGGACGACAUCGUUCUCUUUUCGAGCAGUACCAAUGAAGCAGAAACGAUGCUCAACGAAUUGAACGAAGCAGGGAAGAGAAUAGGACUACGAAUAAACAGAAAGAAGACACAGUUCAUGAAGAACGCGCACUGCGAGGACGGAGGAGUACAACUUGAAGGCUCCCAAAUCGUGGAAACUCCGUCAUACGUAUACCUUGGACGUUCUAUGAACAUGGAAAACGACUUGAAGGAAGAACUGAAUAGAAGAAUGAGAGCAGCAUGGGCAGCAUUCGCAGCCGUCAGGGAAGCUACGGACCAACUGACGGACCAUGAUCUUCGUGCCCAUCUGUUCGACUCGACAGUCCUUCCAGCGCUCUGUUACGCAGCGGAGACGUGGGCAGACACCGCAGCCACGUCUAGGAAGCUACUUACUACCCACAGAGCCCUUGAGAGAUGUCUCCUGAAGUUUAACCGGCGCACACAACACCUUGCCGGUCUUCGUAGCUCCGACUUAAGAGGAAUGUCCCGUCUUCGCGACCCAGCGGAAUAUGUAUCGAAAGCAAAACAUAGAUGGGCCGGUCACAUCAUGAGAAGAAUCGACGAUAGAUGGACUAAAAGAACGCUAGAGUGGAUCCCAAGGGACGCUAAACGCCCCCGAGGGAGACCGCCAACGAGAUGGAGUGACGUGUUCGCUGCACGGAUGGACCAGCUGAGAGCUCAGCUGGAUACGGCUCAAGGACCUCGUCAUCGUCACUCACGAAGCUUGAGAACAUCUUGGAUGACAAUGGCGAGGGAACGAAACGAGUGGAAGAGAUGCUGGGGCCCGAUAGAAGAAGUGGUGCACAUACAAGCUGUGGAUACGUGCUAUUCUCGAAGGAUGUCUACGAUCGAAGUUACAACUGAAUCAAAGGUUUGGGAUUGGCCACUCCAGAGUAAUGAAGGUGUUGUGAAGGUGAUCAACACUAAUGAUAAAUUUGAAGUAGGACUUGAUGCUCAAUUCUUCUCUCCGAAGGAAAUCGAAGUGAAAGUCUGUGGACAGGAUUUGCUGAUCCAUUGCAGACAUGAGUCUCGUGCUGAUGAGUUGGGAACGAUUGCUCGUGAAGUUCAUCGUGCUUACAAACUUCCACUGGACGUUGAUGUGACCAGUGUGAAAAGUCAUUUGACCAACAGAGGAGUACUGAACAUCACGGCCAGCAAGAAAAAGUAA